AUGCGCGGCAAGAGCAGAAAGGAGAGCCUUUCCGAUUCCCGGGACCUCGAUGGUUCCUACGACCAACUAACCGGCAAUCCGUCUGGUCAUGCUAAAAAAGCCCUGAAGCAGCGGUUCCUCAAGCUGCUCCCCUGCUGCCGCCAGCCUAAAUCCAUCCCCUCAAUCAGCGAAAACAGCAUAGAGGAUGACUUUGAGCUCUCCACGGUUUGUCAUCGGCCUGAGGGUCUGGAACAACUACAGGAACAAACUAAGUUCAGCCGCAAAGAGCUACAAGUCUUAUACCGAGGCUUCAAGAACGAAUGCCCUAGUGGGAUUGUUAAUGAAGAGAGCUUCAAGCAGAUCUACUCACAAUUCUUCCCACAGGGAGAUUCUAGUACAUAUGCAACUUUUCUUUUCAACGCAUUUGAUACUGACCACGAUGGCUCUGUCAGUUUUGAGGAUUUUGUAGCUGGUUUAUCCAUUAUUCUCCGUGGCACUAUAGAUGAUCGGCUCAGUUGGGCCUUCAAUCUCUAUGAUCUGAACAAAGAUGGCUGUAUCACCAAAGAGGAAAUGUUGGAUAUAAUGAAAUCCAUUUAUGACAUGAUGGGCAAGUACACUUAUCCAGCCAUGAGCGAAGAUGCACCCCAGGAACAUGUGGAAAAUUUUUUCCAGAAAAUGGAUCGGAACAGAGAUGGUGUGGUGACUAUUGAUGAAUUCAUUGAAUCCUGUCAGAAGGAUGAAAACAUCAUGAGUUCCAUGAAGCUUUUUGACAAUGUGAUCUAG